GUAUGAAUAAAAUGUAGUGAGAAAAAUAUACUUAUCAUUAUAUAAUUUGUGUUACUAUUUGUUUGUGAGAAAACCUAUUGAUGAGAGAAUCCAUUGACCAGGUUUCAGAUAACAAAUUCUCUGGUUGAUGCAGACCAAUUAAACUAUGGCCUUUGCAGACCUGGUGAAAAUUGCUAGCACCAGAACCAGGUGGAUUUCCAACUUUUAACUGUUUACAAGCCCCAGCUGUACACACCUUGGUCUGUGCAGCAGUAAACAAUACUGACGGCAAUAAUGUAACUGUCUGCCCAGAACAUUCUGCAUUUUGUUGUUAUUUUCGCUUAUCGCCCAGGGGAACUGUUUGGUUUGUGGAGAAUUAUUAUUGAUUAAUGAGAAAGUUGUCGGUGUAAUACUCGCUGAAAGACUUGCACAACGACGACAAAUGUUAAUCCUGAAAAAUGUUGAAACUGCUACAACUGCUAGGUAAAAUGCCCCAUCCUCGUCCUCCGCUGGCUGACCAGGCUCCACGCCCCUCCCACCCCUCCCUUCCUGUUUACGCUGCCCCACGCAACUGAAUGGCCGCUGGUGAUUGUCAUUAAUGACACACACACAUCACGUAGGCAAACGGAAGCGCUAUUGUCAUGUGGCUUUUGUAAUUAUAAUGUCCACCAACGAAUCUCACAGGACGAUCCUCUAUGGGGUGAGAGCCUGUGAAAUGUGAUGUCAGCUCUUGUGCGUACUUUUAUCAGUGGAGCUGUCACCUGCCGUGAUAAAAGAUCAGCAUAGAAAAGAUAACCUCAGCCAGGUCAAGGUCUUCGUGUGAAGAAAACAUUUCCAGCAGAGAGAAACAGAGACAGAGAUCAGAGAGAGAGCUCAAUUCUGACUUGUUUUUGCUGCAUUGAGACAACACAAAGAUAGAGGAUAUUAAGCCAUGGCUAGAUUUUCUUGUAAGCCAUGGAGUCUCCUGAUCAACUUCAUGAUCUUCCUGUGUUGCUUGACUGUGAAUGUGUCAGCAGAUGACCUUGGACAUUUUUUAAGGAGUGAGAGUGGAGACAAGAUUACAUUUUCGAGUGAGAAGGUGUUGUCGUUGUUGAAGCGCUUUGGGAAGAGCGAGGGGGAUUACAGUCUUUUCCGUCAACAUGAAAGUUGGCAGGAAAAUGUCCGUGAUUCCUCCAGAUUGGGUGGUCAUGUAUUCCGGAAGAACAAGCUUGAUCCAGAUGCAAGGAAAAACAUGACGGAGCUGAUCUUGAGUCAAGGCUACAUUAGUGAAAAGUACACAGUGCAGACAGAAGAUGGUUUCCUGUUGGACGUUCACCGCAUCCCGUCAGGUCGGGGAGAAAUACCUAUCAGUAGUGAUGGUAGCGGCCGCUCAAAGCCAGUGGUGUUCCUGCAGCAUGGAUUGUUGUCUUCAUCGUGCGACUGGGUGAUGAACUUUGCCAACGGAAGUCUUGGUUUCAUCCUGGCAGAUGCGGGAUACGACGUGUGGAUGGGCAACUCUCGAGGGAAUACGUUGUCCCGGAAACAUGUGAAGUUGAGGCCCGGUAAUCCUAAGUUCUGGGACUGGAGCUUUGACGAAAUGGCCAAGUACGACCUUACAGCUUUCAUUGACUUUGUCCUGAACAAAACAAACCAGAGUUCUCUGUCCUACGUCGGGCACUCACAGGGCACCACCAUGGCUUUUGCUCUCUUCUCUCAGAGACCAGACAUGCAGAAAAAGGUGAACAUUUUUGUGACCCUGGCACCUGUCACACUGAUCUCAAACACCGUAUCUCUGGUCCAGUACCUGGCAGAAAUACCUGAUGAGAUUCUGUUCGCCAUGUUAGGGAGGAGAGAUUUUUUACCCAGUGACUUACUGGUGCGGACGCUGGUGGAUCUGUUGUGUCAUGACGAGGCCACACGAUGGGUCUGCUACAACAUCCUGUUCAUCCUGGCCGGGCCCGACCUCACCAAUCUCAAUCAGACGAGACUGGAGGUGUACAUGAACCACUCACCGGCUGGGGCCUCGGUCAAGGACAUUGUUCACUUUGCACAGAUUUACCGGGAGAAGAAGUUCCUCAUGUAUGACUUUGGCUCUCCUUCUGAAAAUAUGAAACAUUACAACCAGACGAGCCCACCAGAGUAUGUCGUCACCAACAUCACUGUGCCUGUCCUGGCGUUCACCGGUACCGACGACUGGCUCUCUGACCCAGAGGAUGCCUCUGCGCUGUUGAAUUCUCUCCCUGAUGUGAUAUCGUGGGUGGUCCUCGACGGUUGGAACCAUCUGGACUUUGUGUGGGGCGAGAAUGCCGCUCAGCUCUGCUAUCACCCCAUCGUACAGUGGCUGCAUAAGUUCUCACUGGGCUGAGCGGCGCUUGUGUGCGGGGGAUAACUCUUGUGUGGGGGAAGGGAUGUUUUAGUCUGUUUGAGUUGAGGGGAAGCGCAGUAUUAAGAUAAUGUUCAUACUUUUGUAGGAUCUUUUGCUUAACACUUUGCAGUCACACAGCCAGCAGUACAAAAUACCCCAUCUGUUCACCCAGCCAGAAGAGUGACUGGAACGGACUUUUCGAGCCUGGCGCAGAAGUCGGCCAGGUGACUGGAAUGGAUAAUUUUCACUGGUGCAUUAUUGCGCCAAGUCACUGCAAAGUGUUAACCAAUGCCAAAACAAGGCGACUGAUUGAUUGACCCCAUCCCCCUUCCCCUGCCUCACCUCUUUUUUAAAAAAAUAAAAAAAAUAAAAUGAUAAUAAAAAUACAAAAACACAUCAAUAACCGAACAAACGAUAAAAAAUCCACUCAAAAAAA